AGAAGUUGUGGCAGUAAACAUACAGCAUUGAACGGUAAAAUUGCGAAGCACCUUCGCACGUACCAGUACGGGAUUUAUUUUUAAUUUGACAUUCUAUGGAAAACUGCUGGUUUUUCAAAACGUUUUGUGUUGCAGUGUUAGUGGAAAAACACGUGCCGCGUGACAUUUCGUGUACAUCCUAAACCAUAGCCGAUGCUGGGGGUGUCAAAUCUGCCCUGUUAACCAGUAGUUGGCUGGAAACGCAUUACUGACACACAUUCCAAAUCUUCCGUGGAGUGUGUACGUACGCACAGGAAUUGUGAAACAUUUAGUUUUAGAAGUGGAACAGCACGUGAGCAACCGUAUCUCAGACAGAACAACCCGCGGUUGUAGGAAAUCAAUGUUAUUGAUGUAAGAAGUGUUUUACAGCUGCUCAAACCAACGUUGCUGAUAACAUCGUAAAUUGCUAUUGUUGCACUCAAGUACCACGCUACGACUCGAAUCGGAUGCUAGACGCAUCCAGUCUGGACGGAAGAAUUCACUUCUUCCGCACUGAUCGCAGCUCCUCUCGGCGGCAGACCACGUACAGUUCCGAACAUCCGUUUAAGCCUACGGCAACCCGAAAAUUUUGAUAACAUCUUAUCGAAGCGCGUUCCACGUGAAAUCAGAUUCGGCCGAACCCUAUAGCCUGUGUUUUCCCUAGCUGAAUACACACGCUGUCAACGCUGACGCUCUGUUGGCGUAGAAAAGAGCUGUUGACUAGGGGCAAAUGUACGCAUGCGGCCAGCGCAGUCGGGUGUAGGGUGCCUCACACAUUGAGCGAAAAAAAAUCGGCACAUUCCAAUCGAUACCUGGGUUGACAUAGCUACGCGGGGCUAGGUUUGAUACAAUCUUCGUCACUUAGAAGUCUUCCAGUUGCAUUCCGGACGCGUGUUGGAUAAUAGGAACUCUUCGUUCGCACGAGAUGAGUGACGGCGGUCGGUCAAAAGUGAUGGAGUUCUAUCGGGAUUCGACGGUGCUGAUAACCGGUGCCAGCGGCUUUGUCGGGCAGGUUCUGCUGGAGAAAAUUCUGCGCUGCUUGGAGGUACGGCGAGUGUAUGUUAUGAUUCGAUCCAAGCGAAAUUUAAACGCUGAGGAUAGGCUGGAGAAAAUGCUGAAAGGUCAGCUGUUCGACCGGAUACGGGACGACCCGCUGGUGUCCCGGGAGCUGAGAAGCAAAGUGGUACCGGUGGAGAUUAAGCUGGAAGGUGCCGAUGAGUUGAUCGUCGACGAUCUGAACAGCAAACUGCAGGAGCAAGUGGAAAUUGUGUUCAAUCUGUUGGCUUCGGUGAACUUCAAUGAACCGUUGGAUUGUGCGUUGAAAACUAACGUGGAAUACACGGAUCGGUUGCUGGGUUUGGUCAGUCGAAUGAAACGACUGAAAUCGGUCAUCCAUGUGUCGACAUUCUAUUCGAACUGUGACAAGAGUUUCAUCGAAGAGCGCAUCUACGAUGACAUAAGCUUCGGCGGUUACGCGAAUAUAAUGAACAUUGUUUCCAAGCUAAAUGACACGGAAAAGCAACUAUUGACAGAGCAUCUCAUCGGGGAUUUUCCGAAUACUUACACCUUCAGUAAGAAGUGUGCUGAAGUGCUGAUAUUAGAUAAGUUUAAAUCGUUGCCGAUUGGAAUAUUUCGUCCGCCCAUUGUGAGUUCAACGUACCGAGAACCGGUUCCUGGUUGGAUUGACAACUUCAAUGGGCCAUCCGGAAUGGUUGUUCCCCUUUCCGAAGGCCUCUACAGUGCAGCUUUGCUAGAUUCCAGAAAACGGCCGUUCAUUGUUCCGGUAGACUACUGUGUCAACGCUCUACUGUCCAGUGCGGUUGAUGUCCAGCGGCGUCACAUGCGAGGGUCGGAAAUUCCAGUCUACAACUACACAGAUUCCAGCUGCAAUUUAACAUGGGGUGAAAUAGUAAAUCGAUUCUUCCAAGGACUCACUUUUGGAAAGCGCUUGUUGGCGACAUAUCUAACCGGAACGGUUACUCGCAAUCCACUACACUAUUCCAUGUGCAAGCAGAUUAUGCGUCUUCAGGCAUCGCUACUGGAUCUGCUGCGCAGAGCAAGCGGACGUAGUCCCGUUAUGGGGCCGAUAUUCGAGCGAAUGAUAACCUUGAGUGAACUGUUGCGGUUCUUCUGCGUCAACGAGUGGCAGAUGGAAAAUGGAAACGUCAAACAGAUGCUGGCAGAGGCUAGCAUACUCGAGGCGAGAGUGUUCCCAUUCGAUCUUUCCAAAGUGAACUGGGAUGAGUAUUACAGGAAUUUCGUUCCCGGGGUGGUCAAGUAUGCCGUGGAGCCUAGGAAAGCGAAAGACGCUGGCAGAACGAAGUUGGUCGUUAAUGAACGCAAGGGUGCACUCUUCCUGGUAUGGAGCUUCCUGUUUCGGAAUUUGAUUGUAGUUUUCAAGUUUAUUUUUGGAAGCUGGAAAAAAUAACUCGAAGAAGUGUUUCUUUGUGCGAACAUUUCACAUAGUGCUUCAAGGAUGUGCGUUUAAUAUACAAUUAAAUGCGCGAUCCACCUUUGAUACUCUCUAGUACUUUUCUGAUAAUUCUAGUAAUUUAAAAUAUACGGUUGUGGUUUGCAGCUUACAA